AUGACGGCGCUUGGCAUCGUGUCGUCCUCCCUGCUGACAUUGCGGAGCAGCCACGGACUCGUGCUGGUUCCAUUGCCACUGCGACCGUCAUAUAGCUCAAGCCACCGCUAUCAAGAUAGACAUGCAACAACGUCCAUGUCAUCCUAUCGAGGGGCGCCAGAAGACAUUUAUGGAGCUGUUCAUCGAAAAGAAUACGAAAUGAAGAAGGUCAAGGCCCAGCACAUGUCUACGACGGAUCCUGUUCGAAUGGCGAUGGGGUACGCACAGGAAUCGGUCUCGCCGAUGAAGCUCGCCAAAGCCUUACGAAGAGUUUACGAGGAUCCAUCCAAUCCAGCCAAUCCCGACCAUGUUCCUCUAUCUGAUGAAGAAAAGAAGCGCGCUCAGACACUGCAACAAGUUGGAAUGGCCGAUUUGGGAAUGCGACGAGGUAGUUUCAUUGUCGACAUUAAGCGCAAGUCGUUGAGUCGACCAGGCGAAGUUUUUUGUAAUUAUGAUGAUGCUGGUAUGGUAGCAGAGGCUAUGGUACGCUUGGGAGCCGACGCCGUCUUUGUAAACACCGACUAUCAGGCCUACGGCGGUGACAUGACGGAAUUGAAAUCGGCUGUCAAGGCAGUUCGCGCCGUUUCAAAAUCGGCGGCGGUCGUGAUGAAAGAUAUUGUAGUGGAUGAGAUUCAAUUGGGACUCGCGAAAGAGGCCGGUGCUGACGGAAUCGUUCUUAUGUCAUCAGUGUUGGGGCCUACGCUCGAGAAUUUCUUGAACCUGGCAACCAUGAUUGGUUUGGAGACGAUCGUUGAGUGUCAUACACACGAUGAAGUACAGAGAGCCAUCGACAUCCUGGCACCCAAUAUUUUGGUCAACAACUACGAUCGAGUUGCACAGGAACUUCACCCAGAGCAGGCAAUUAAGCUUGCAGGUAUGUUCCCUGGCUCUGGUGGACCCAUUAUUUGUUUGGCUGCGGGAGAGAUCGAAACCACCGAUCAAAUGAAGCGCCAUUUGGCGGUUGGGUACGACGGAGUUGUGGUCGGUAAAGCAGUCAUGGGAAGUCCGGCAGCUCCCGAGUUCAUUCGAGCGGUUCGGGAUCGAACACUGCUACCAGCCGAAUUCUCGGCUUGGGGUUUAGAAGACGUGGAGUUUGACAUGGACGGAAAUGUCAUGUCUGGACCCAAGCGCGGCACUCCUCAAGAUGGUGAUGCCGACGUCUACCAAUAA